AUGGUUGUUCGUGAGCUACCGGAUGAUUUGGCUUUCUCGCAACUCAUUGCAGAAGCAGCUACGAAGCUUGUUGUCAUCGACUUCUAUGCCGAGUGGUGUGGUCCGUGUCGUAUGAUUUCACCGCAUAUAGAAAGACUGUCUGAAAAGUAUCUACAAGUUGUUUUUAUCAAAGUUAAUGUGGAAAUAUGUCCACAAACGAGCACUCAGUUUGGGAUUAAUGCAAUGCCUACUUUUGUUUUCUUAUAUAGUGGCCGUGAAGUGGACCGAAUGAUGGGCGCAAACGUGGAAGUGUUGGAAACUAAGAUUGUGCAACAGCUUAAGGAAAGUAUUAUUGCAACAUCAGAUGAAAGAAUUUUCUUGGAAAAAUUCGUAAAAUAUUCAGAACGGAUGCAAAUUUAUGAAGACGAAAUAUCACAAACAUUAGCUAGAAGUCUUAUACCUUGUGACAAACUGAUGGAGGCAAGCAGAAUAAGUGGGAAAAUAAAUAAAUUUGAACUUGUGAAAUUAUUAUUAAAUUGGUUCAAAACGGAUUUCUUUGUGUGGACUGACGUCCCGAAAUGUGAAUUAUGUGGGCAGAAUGCAGAAAAAUCUGGAGAGGGAUUUUCUCUAGAAGUGCAAGGAGGUCCAACGGAAGAAGAACAAAAGUGGGGUGCCUAUCGUAUUGAAGCUUACAAAUGUCGAAAAUGUGACACAAAUGUUCGCUUUCCACGUUAUAAUGAUCCAGUCAAAUUAUUGGAAACAAGAUGUGGCAGAUGUGGUGAAUGGGCGAACUGUUUCACGCUAUGCUCACGUUCAUUAGGUCUUGAAACACGGUGGGUUUACGAUAUUACAGAUCAUGUUUGGUGUGAAAUAUGGAUAGAAGAUUUAGACAGAUGGGUACAUUGUGAUCCAUGCGAAAAUGUAAUUGACACUCCUUUGUUAUAUGAAAAGGGAUGGGGAAAGAACUUAAGUUAUGUAUUCGCCUUUGGUUUGGAUCACGUACGCGAUGUUACAUGGAGAUAUACUUUCAAUCAUUUUGAAACGCUUAGUAGACGAAAUUCUUGUCGAGAAACAGUUUUGAGAAAUUUCAUACGAAAACUGAACAUCCGUCAUGCAAGUUUGAUGUCGGAAGAGAGGAAGAAGGAAAUGGAAAGAAGAUAUAUGAAAGAACUGGUUGAAUUCAUCAGUCCCACUAUGCAAAUACGUGAUGGAAAUAAACUGGAAGAGCAAGGAAGGACAACAGGAUCGGAAGAAUGGAGAAAACAGCGAGGAGAAAUGGGAGAUGGAAAAUCAACUAGUCGGGUGCUUGUGCCGACCGAAAAAGAAAUUUCUGAUAAAGUGUUCAGUUUGGAAUAUGACUGUGCGAAAGAUCAGUACAAAAGGGGUGUUGAAUUAAUAAAGGGUUGGGAAAACUUGCUUAGUAAGCAAGAAAAUGUCUGUCGAGUAGUGGACCAAACAAACAAUGUGGCGUAUAUGUGUUGCCAAGAGGGUAAAACGAGUGGUGAAUUGUGCUGGUCGUUUGAUUUUGGUGUUCAUCACGUCAAAAAUAUUAAGUUUUGGCUAGAAGGUGUCAAAGAAGAAAGUGAUGAUUAUAUUCGUCAUGGAUUGUGUUUCAGUAAUGUCCAGGCGCUAUUUGAUGAACAGUUAGAGGGUGUAAUAAAAGCAAUUAUUUGUUGCGGUGACAUAUGUGCAGUGGUACCUCCAACCGGUGAAUUAGAGUUGGAAACGAUUGAGAGCUCAAAAGUAGAUGUGAAGAUUUAUUUCUUGGGUGAGAACGCACAACUGUUCCUAAUUAACCUUUGUUCGGGAGACUGUACCAGUUUUCGUAUUAAAGCUUUCUUCUCCUAA